AUUUAUUAUUACUUUAUUUUUUUAUUAUUCUUCCUCUUCGUCUUUGUCACACACUCACUUACUUUGCAAUCUUUUAACUCACUCAGUUUACCAAUCUCUCGAGCAGAGCCCAGAGGAUCGUCAAGAGAAGUGGUGUGGGCAUUCGCACACCACCACUUGGGUAGUGUAAGAUAAUAAAAAUCCCAAGUCAGAGUAUCCUCGAUAUCUUCGCGAGAGGAGACUACGAGUAGCAUCAGUCUUCGGUGGUCUAGUCUUGACAAGUGAUACUAACACACCUUCUAUUUCUUCUCAAGUGUAAUCGGGAAGUAUCCUAAAAAUUAACCAAAAAGCCUGUUAUUUAUUGCGAUAUUUUAAACAAAUAAAUUAAAAAGUUAAGAAAGAGUGAUUAUUGAUUAAUCAUCUUACUGUUAAUUUGAUUGUCACGUGCCGAGUGAUAACGAAUUUCGUUUCCUUCGAAGAGAGUUUCGAGAAAUAAAAAACGUUAUACAGCAUUGGUAAUCACUGCGGUUAGUUUCAUCAUUAAUUAAUUUUUUUUUGUUGAUAUGGUAGCUAUGAGUAUGAGUACAUUUGUACCUUUUACGGGUUCUUGGGUAACAUUUAUUUUAUUGUUGAGUUUACUAGUUGUGGUUUUGUCGUUAUUUAUAAAAAGAACUAAAUUUCUUUAUUCAUUGAGAAAUGUGCCGUCACCAGUGGCCCUGCCAUUAAUUGGAAACGCCGUACAGCUGAAUUGUAGCCUGGAAGAGUUUUUUCGGAAACUCCUCGAGUGGGGUAAACAAUUUGGUGACAUCUAUUUACUGUGGGUUGGACCCAGACCUUUUGUUUUCGUUUACCGGGUCGAAGAUGUUCAGCCAUUAUUGAGUAGCAGUAUUCACAUUGACAAGAGUUUGGAGUAUUCUUAUCUGAAACCCUGGCUUGGUUAUGGCCUUGUCACGAGUACUGGAACACAUUGGCAAACAUUACGAAAAUUACUUACACCGACAUUUCAUAACGAAUUACAGCAACAGUAUUUGAAAUCGGUUGUACGUGAAACAACAACUCUGAUUUCUUCGCUAAAAGCUGAAGCUAAUAAUGUAUUUGAUGUUGUACCUUACGCUAAACGUGCUGCGUUGGAUAUAGUUUGUGAAACGACCAUGGGAUAUCAUCUUAACUCACAAGUUAAUUUUGAAGAUGACUAUGUUUCGUCAGUUGAGAAAAUGACGUCAAUUAUCCAAAUGAGGUUUACAAAUAUUUGGAUGGCUAAUGAUACGAUAUUCAAUUUAACUUCACUCGGCAAAGAACAUGACAAAGCAUUGAAAACAAUUCACAACUUUGUUGACAAUAUAAUAUUGAAACGGCAAAUUCAAUGGAAAACUAAUCGUGAUAGUAAUUUCAAUCAACCGAUUAAUAAUAAAAAAGCUCUCCUUGAUUUGCUGCUCGAUUAUGCAGAAAAAAAAAAUAAUGUCGGUCUGACAGAUUCGGACAUACGAGAUCAAGUGAACACUUUUAUAUUUGCCGGACAUGAUACUGCUGCGAUGAGUAUUUCUUGGAUUUUGUAUGCAUUGGGUCGUCAUCCAGAGUAUCAGCAAAAAAUAAUUGAUGAGUUCGAAGCAAUUAUUGGCGACAAUGAAUUAACGAUGGACAAUUUAAAUAAAUUAGCAUGGCUGGAAGCGUGCAUCAAAGAAACUUGGCGGUUGUACCCAGUGGCGCCCUUAAUAGCUCGCCAAAUUUAUAAUCCUAUUAAAUUAAUGAAUCAUAACAUACCAGUUGGAUCAACGGUAUUAAUAAACUUAUUCAUGCUUCACCGAGAUCCAAGAUAUUUUCCAAACCCUGAAGCAUACCAACCAGAACGGUUUCUAUCAAAUACUCCAAAACCACCUCCAUUCGCAUACAUUCCAUUCAGUGCAGGAUCACGGAACUGUAUCGGAUGGAAAUUUGCUACUAUGGUAGUCAAAGCAUCUAUUUUGUCGAUACUACGUGCUUAUAAAAUUGAAUCCGUGGAUAGUUCGGAUCAACUUCGAUUAAUUUCUUCGAUAGUUCUUAUCAAUAAGUAUGGAAUACGUAUUAAAAUUUCACCAAGACAAAAUGAUAGUACGUCAACCGUGAUAUCUGAAAGUGAUAUUAAAACGAAAGAGGAUUAAAUUUAUUUUAUUAAAUUACCAUAAGUAUAAUAUUUAUAUUGUUAAUUUAUAAGUAAAUCGGAGUAUUAAUUUUUGUUUUAUUGUUACUGUACCAAUUUUUAAAUUUCUUAAUUAUUAAGUGCUUAAUAUAUUAAAAAAAUUUAAUUUUACACUCAGUGAUGAACUGCAUAAUAGAUAAUUAUAUAAAUAAAUUAAUAGCAC